AUGGCCUUUAGCGAAAUAGGCAAAAGCUACAUUGCAUAUUCACUGUCGAGCAUUUUUGGUGUCUGCCUAUGUGUUGAUUAUGGCAAGAAGAAGCAGAGCGCACUCAGCCAGCUCCUGCAGGAGAUUGUGCCAUUGUUAGGUGACAUUACUGCCCUGGACUGGGUCGGAAAGUCAUCAGAGUUCAAUAGCUAUCUACCAGCCAACAUCACUUUAUAUGGAGCCCCACCAUGCAAACUGCCAUCUCUAUCUGAAGAUGAUAUUCAAUCAUUGAUCUCCUCACUGCGGAGUAUUGUACCUCCACAGUCGGCUUUGAAAUUAUAUCAGACACUUGACUACCAGACUCAGAGCAUUCACCAUUUUGCGUACCGCAGGUUGCAUCUGCCUUGCAUUGUAAUCCUGGUCACAGAAGCAAGGUGGAGGCCAGAACAUGACUGGAAUACAUAUCACAUGUAUGAACUCAAGUCAGAGGGGCUUUGCAACCUGCAGAUCACCACAGAAGACAAGUUCAUCUUAUUCUUGCCAGCAAGGCUGCUGCCCGCCUGGCGGAUGAUCUUGCAGCCCAUAGCGUUAUAUUAA